AUGCAAUUAGCAAGCUAUUUACAACUAAAUGACCGUAUUUCACAAUCAUGGAUUAAUAUAUAUACUAUUGGUAUUAUGCUAGUAGUUGUGAAACUAAUUUUUUUUUAUUUUUCAAUAACUUCCUCCAUGAAUACAGCUCAAAAUUUUAUAUUAUCCAAAUGUAGUACAAUAGAUGAAUACUAUAAUAAAAUGAUGGAAAAUACACCUCAUUACUUAGGUGUAAUGGGAAAUUAUCUAAUAGAGAAAAGCAUUGAAGAGAGUGUAAAGGCAAGUUUAUAUACUCUCUCACUAUUAGUAUAUGCAUCUGAAGAAUUGGUAUCGUUUAUGAUUGAUCUCUAUCUGGGAACAUACGAAUGUUUAUUAGUAAGCUUCAUUGAUGGUACAGUUGAUGUAGCUACUAAUGCAACUGAAAAAUUAAUAGAUUUUGUUAAUUCUAGUGUUGGAACUGUGGCUAAUGAGUUAGAUGAUGGGUUAGAUGAUAUAUCUAAAUUUAUAAAUAAAAUAGUGAAAGUCGCUGAUAAAGUAGAGAGUUUUUUCACCGAUGAUGAUGACAAUGACAAUGGUGAUUCUAGUGUAAGUAAAGUGAAUCUAACAAUUUCAGGACUAAGACACCUUUAUAUACCCUCCAGCAUUGAUGACAAAUUAGAAGAACUAUCUGCUAAAACACCAAAUUUUCAACAAUUAAAGAAUGAAACUAAACAUUUAAUUUCCAUACCUUUUGAAAAAGUUCGAACUGAAUUAAAGACUGUUAAUACAAGCAAAUAUUUCCAAAAUAAAGAUAUGCUAUAUAUUCCUGAAUUAAAGAGUAUUGAUACUACUAAUGGUGGGGUAUGCUCUGACAAUAAAGAAAAUAUAAUAAAAUUUUUCCAAAAUAGUGGUCAUGAAUUAAAGAUUACCACUAUAGUUUGUAUAGUCAUAUUAAUAGUUAUCGGUAUUGGAGCAAUUAUACCAAUUAUAUGGGAGGAAUAUGUACUUUGGAGGAAUGUGAAUAUGAUGAAACAAGAAUAUAGAAAUUUUACCAAACAUUCCAAUUCCAAUUAUACAGAAAUGGGAGAUGUAAGUAGUAGUAGCGGUGAUUCGGAAUAUAGUUUAAGAGAGAAAAAUCCCUUUGGUGACGUGAAUGUGAUAUCAAAUACUGAACACUUUGAUAUCAUUGAAAGUUAUCAAAAAUGUUUUAAUGUGUGGAAUACAAGGAUCACCAAUUCUAUCGGUAAAAUUGUAUGCUUCGUAGGCAAUAAAAAUGAAAAAAUGUCAAAGGCAAAACAAAUCCAAACCCGUUGGAUAAUAUCAUAUAUAUUUUCAGAAAGAGCCCUUUGUCUUUUGGGGGUUGCGCUUUUGGGGAUUCUAGCUUGUAUUUUACAAUUUAUUAUUAUCAAGAUCCUGGGAGAUUUUGUUAGAAAUGGGAAGAAUUCAAGUUUAGCACAUUCUGUAUCAAGUCUCAGUAAAAGUUCAGCUAGACAACAAAUUAGCAAUGAAUUGAACAAAUGGGGGGCUAGUACAAACGAUUAUAUUCAGUACACAGAAACCCAGAUCAAUGAUGAUGUAUUUGGAUGGGUUAACACUACAACAACUUCCAUCAACGGUACAGUAAACAAGAUGAUCAAUGGUAUUGAUGAAACAUUGGCAGAUAUUUUCAACGGUACUUUACUUUAUAAACCCAUGAAGACUGUAGUCGGGUGUAUUAUUGAAAACAAACUAUAUACUAUUAGAAACGGAUUGACUUGGGUUCAUGAUAAAGCAGAAAUUAAACUACCUUCAAUUAACGUCACCCAAAUCCACGAGGCAAUAACCUCCUCCAACACUACUACAAACUCCACGUCAUCAGACUCUAGCAGUACCUCUAGGGAGAUAUCAAAUGAAUUGUCGGAAUUUACUCAAGAAGUUCGCAAUGCUAUUCUAACCAUUCUUGCCCAAUUCUACAAGUCUACACUUUACGAAUUAGCUGUUGCAUUUACCCUCUUGGGACUCUGGAUACUCCAAAUUCCCAUAGCUCUUCUAAGAUUAAGGUACCACUAUAAAGUGAAGUGA